UCUAUUUCAGAAAAUAACUAGUGUUCCUUCCAUAUGUGGAGAUAAAUCAUUGCUAUAUGAUAUUCCAUUACUCGGACACUACUUAUUUUUGAAAGUUUGCAGUUGUUCUUUUGUUCGCCUCAGUGGUGUGCGCCGUCCAGGCUGAUGAUGAUGAUUCGCAAGGGGCUCAAGCGAGACUCCUCGCCCAAUUUGGCACAACUACUGUGACACAUGUUAGUACUGUCACCGUUAUGGCUCAUUACACUUGCGCCAAAUCUGUCGCCUCCACCACCUGCUCCGGCCGGAGGCGACGUCGUAGAGUCAGGCUAGACAUCGGUAACAAUUACAACCCUGGCGCCUACGAGACACUCGCUGGCAGUGUAGUGAACACCGAGAUUGAACAACCCGAAGAAGGCACCGACAGGGGGAAACUCUUCACGGUUUGGAGGACAAGCAUUUCGACUCUCAUGAUCACGUCUACCUCUUACAAUAGGGAUAUCACCGUGUCUGUGUCCCUCUAUUGCACCAACGCCUCCAUGCUGUACGAAAUGUGUUAAACGCAGAAAGAACUUCCCUGGCUUAGGCAUCUCCAGCAGCAAGAUCAUUUAUUUUUAGUAUUAUGUGUAUGCAUAUAUAAAUUCAUUCGAUUGUGUGUAAAAUGCUGGCACUUAAAAUAAA